CGGGACUCUUAACGCGCCCCCGCGCGGCGUCCGGCCUUAGCAGUUGCCUGCAGCUACGCUGCCCUGCGUCUCCGCGUCCUCGGCCUCCCCACCCGCCCGUUCGCCCGGCCGCGCCAUGGAGGCCUACCAUAAGCCAGACCAGCAGAAGCUGCAGGCCCUGAAGGACACGGCCAACCGACUGCGCAUCAGUUCCAUCCAGGCCACCACGGCGGCCGGCUCGGGCCACCCCACGUCAUGCUGCAGCGCCGCCGAGAUCAUGGCUGUCCUCUUCUUCCACACCAUGCGCUACAAGGCCAUGGAUCCCCGGAACCCUCACAACGACCGCUUUGUGCUCUCCAAGGGCCACGCAGCGCCCAUCCUGUAUGCCGUCUGGGCUGAAGCCGGCUUCCUGCCCGAGGCAGAGCUGCUGAACCUGAGGAAGAUCAGCUCUGACUUGGACGGGCACCCUGUCCCGAAGCAAGCUUUCACCGACGUGGCCACGGGCUCCCUGGGCCAAGGCCUUGGGGCCGCUUGCGGGAUGGCCUACACCGGCAAGUACUUCGACAAAGCCAGCUACCGUGUCUACUGCAUGCUGGGAGACGGGGAGCUGUCAGAGGGCUCCGUGUGGGAGGCCAUGGCCUUUGCAGCCAUCUACAAGCUGGACAACCUCGUUGCCAUUCUUGACAUCAACCGCCUGGGCCAGAGCGACCCCACCCCGCUGCAGCAUCAGAUGGACGUCUACCAGAAGCGCUGCGAGGCCUUCGGCUGGCACGCCAUCAUCGUAGAUGGACACAGCGUGGAGGAGCUGUGCAAGGCCUUCGGGCAGGUCAAGAACCAGCCAACGGCCAUCAUUGCCAAGACCUUCAAGGGUCGAGGCAUCACAGGGAUAGAAGAUAAGGAGUCUUGGCAUGGGAAGCCCCUCCCCAAAAACAUGGCUGAUCAGAUCAUCCAGGAAAUCUACAACCAGAUCCACAGCAAAAAGAAGAUCCUGGCAACACCACCGCAGGAGGACACCCCCUCAGUGGACAUCACCAACAUCCGAAUGCCCACCCCACCCAGCUACAAAGUUGGGGACAAGAUAGCCACCCGCAAGGCCUAUGGGCAGGCCCUGGCCAAGCUGGGCCACGCCAGCGACCGCAUCAUCGCCCUGGACGGGGACACCAAGAAUUCCACCUUCUCAGAACUCUUCAAAAAGGAGCACCCAGACCGCUUCAUCGAGUGCUACAUUGCUGAGCAGAACAUGGUGAGCAUCGCUGUGGGCUGUGCCACACGUGACAGGACGGUGCCCUUCUGCAGCACCUUUGCAGCCUUCUUUACGCGGGCCUUUGACCAGAUUCGCAUGGCGGCCAUCUCCGAGAGCAACAUCAACCUCUGCGGCUCGCACUGCGGCGUGUCCAUCGGGGAAGAUGGACCCUCCCAGAUGGCCCUGGAAGAUCUGGCUAUGUUUCGGUCUGUCCCCAUGUCAACCGUCUUUUACCCAAGCGAUGGGGUGUCUACGGAGAAGGCAGUGGAAUUAGCAGCCAAUAGAAAGGGCAUCUGCUUCAUCCGAACCAGCCGCCCAGAAAAUGCCAUCAUCUACAACAACAAUGAGGAUUUCCAAAUCGGACAGGCCAAGGUGGUCCUGAAGAGCAGGGACGACCAGGUGACUGUGAUCGGGGCUGGGGUGACCCUGCAUGAGGCCUUGGCUGCUGCUGACCUGCUAAAGAAAGAGAAGAUCAACAUUCGCGUGUUGGACCCUUUCACCAUCAAGCCCCUGGACAAGAAGCUCAUUCUCGACAGUGCCCGUGCUACCAAGGGCAGGAUCGUCACCGUGGAGGACCACUACUGUGAAGGUGGCAUAGGUGAGGCAGUGGCCUCUGCAGUAGUGGGCGAGCCUGGCGUCACUGUCACUCGCCUGGCUGUCAGCCAGGUGCCAAGAAGCGGGAAACCAGCAGAGCUGCUCAAGAUGUUCGGCAUUGACAGGGACGCCAUCGCGCAAGCCGUGCGGGGCCUGGUCACCAAAGCCUAGUGAGGGGCGUGGGGUACAGCGUGGGAGUGAGUUCUACACAUUCCUGAGAUCCUGGCAGAGGUGCUCAAAGAUGUACCGAGAGGAGUCAUAAAUAUACGUUUUGAGAACAAUGAA